GCAGAACAACGCGCACUGCGAAUAACUGUUUGUGCUGUGUAAACUGACGUGGAGCCAACACCGGACACCGACACCGACCCUUUCUGCAAAAUAUAUCGCCGGUUCAACUUGAAGACUUUCCCCCUUUAUCCAGAGCCACUUCAAAAUAUCUCUUUUCAAAAUGAUGAUGGACGCGUGGGAUGAUUUUAAACGCAUGAACAAGCGUCAGAUGCUUUAUCAAGCCUUGAGCUUUGGAAUGAUAGUUUCAUCUGCCCUUAUGAUAUGGAAAGGAUUGAUGGUGGUGACUGGUAGUGAAAGUCCUAUUGUAGUUGUGCUUAGUGGAAGUAUGGAGCCUGCCUUUCAAAGAGGAGACCUUCUGUUCCUCACAAAUAAUCAGGAAGAUCCCAUAAGGGCCGGAGACAUUGUUGUGUUUAAAGUUGAGGGAAGAGAAAUCCCAAUUGUACACAGGGUGUUAAAGCUGCAUGAAAAAGCCAAUGGAACUGUCAAAUUUCUUACCAAAGGAGAUAACAAUAAUGUAGAUGAUCGUGGUCUUUAUGCUCCCGGUCAACUUUGGUUAGCAAAGAACCACGUUGUUGGGAGAGCUCGUGGAUUUCUUCCAUAUGUUGGCCUCGUCACCAUAUACAUGAAUGAUUAUCCUCAUUUCAAGUACGCUGUUCUAAUUGCACUAGCCCUAUAUGUUUUGAUUCAUCGUGAAUAGUAUUUAUAACUUUAAGAUCAUUUGUGCGAUUGUGGAUUUCAAGGACUGGGGAUCGUGUGUAUGUGUGUUUCUGUGUUUUAUGCAGUGGUUUUACAUUGCAAAGCUGAUGUAGUUAUGAUUCUGAUUUGCACCAGAAAAGGGUAAAUGUGAAAAAACUCAAGGGAAAUCAACAUCAUUCAUUUAUCGCUUUGAAAAUUUUUCCACUUUUAUUUUUGGUCCUGGAAGUAGUAAUUAUGCUCAGAGAAAUACACCCAAAAUUGUUAAGUAAUAAAUAUUUUUUCCAAACUUUUGUUUGCACAUUUCAAAAAUACAUGGAGUCACAGGCACAAUUUUUGUAAUGAAGCAGUGUUUUUUUAUUCAAUUGAUAGAUCUUGGUGAAAGUAGUUAAUGUAAAUUUAAAUGAUGUAGGUUUUCUGAUCUGUGUGAUCAAACUUCUUCAUGUGGAGUUUCAUAUAGGAUAUAAAAUAAUUUUCAACAGGCAGGAUUAUGCACAGCAGCUCAAAUUAAAUUUACUUUUGUACUUGGACGGCAAGUUCAUUUAGUUAAUUUGUGGAGGGUUGCCUCAUAGUUCUAUGGCCACCAAAGAGAAUUCAUUAAAAUUAUUGCAUUUUAUCAACUACUAGCCUGGAUUUAGUAUGUGAUGCAUCCUUUAGUAGCUGUUUCUGUGUUGUGAACAAGAAACGGCAGGUUAAAGAACCAAACUAGCUCUCAAGAAUGUCUCACAACUGUGAUAAAAUGGACUUAAAAUAGGGACAGCUUUUGAGAAUUUGUAUAAUUUAUGUAAUUACUGUAUGUAUAUCUCCUUAUCAAUAUUUUAAGAGGACAGAAUGUUUUGCAUCUUGUGCCAGUCUUACAUUCCCAGAGGAAGCUCUAGUAUUGAAGCGUAUUGCGCAUUUAUUUCUCCGCAAUUGCCUUAACUUUGGACUUAAAAUAUUGACACACUUAGGUAGGGCAGCUAGAAACGCAGGAAUUAUCUUGCAAACAGUUAGUCCAGCUAGAGCGGCAGGGAUUUAUCUUGCAAACUUUUGCAACUACCAUUUGUUUCAUCUGAUUUUUGCUUGUAGGUUUGACAUUUCGGAAGGUUAAAUCAAGAGAGAAAGAAUUGUCCCCCAUAAUUAUUUUAAGCCAAGUAGAGAAGAGACAUUACCUUUUUCAUCAGUUGGUUACCAAUUUUAGUUGUCCUGCAUAGCUUGUGUAUUGUGUUGACUCACAUUUUAUCCAUCUGCCUGAAUUCUGUCACCAUGGAGGUUUGCCAGAGUGCCAAUUUUUCUUCCCCACAACUGUAAACCAUUUCCCCUUGGCUGUAAAUUUAGUCCAUUAAAUUUUUUUUCUCUAAU